CUCAUUGUUUAAUAUCUUUAUCACAUCUAACUAUUUCUCUAAACCCCCUUCCUUGACUUCAAGUGCUCCUCACUUUCCUUGAAAACUACCAGACAUCGGGUGCCUUGGUUUCCCAACCCUCACAAAGCCAGUAUGGCCUUGAUGAUAUUCUCUCUUCGGAUAUUCUUCUUUCUUUCAGUUUUGCUUUCCUUUGGCGUUAUUGAGCUUGAAGGUUCCCACCAUGCUUGCAGCAACCUUCUGAAUUUGGAACUACCUUCAACACGCCAAGCUAAAGAGCCUUACAGAACCGGGUAUCAUUUCCAGCCUCCCAAGAAUUGGAUCAACGAUCCUAAUGGGCCAUUGAUUUACAAAAACGUGUACCAUCAUUUUUAUCAAUAUAAUCCUCAUGGUGUAGCGUGGUCACCCAAUAUUGUUUGGGCCCAUUCAACAUCAAAUGAUCUUGUCAAUUGGAUCCCACAUGACGAUGCCCUCAACCCAUCAGAGCCGUUUGAUAUUAACGGCUGUUGGUCGGGGUCUGCUACAAUCCUCCCUGGGGGAAAGCCAGCCAUUGUCUACACUGGAAUCAACUCCGAAAAUGAGCAAGUUCAAAACUUGGCCUUCCCCAAAAAUCUCUCAGACCCAUUUCUCAGAGAAUGGGUUAAAAUCCCACAAAACCCACUAAUGAUCCCAACCGAAGCUAACCAAAUAAAUGCAGACUCAUUUAGGGAUCCAACUACUGCUUGGCUAGGUUCAGAUAAUAGAUGGAGAUUAGUCAUUGGAAGCAAGAAAAACCAAACUGGCCUAGCCAUUCUAUAUACGAGCGAAGAUUUCCUACAUUGGACCAUGGUAAACCACACCUUUCAUUCAGCAAAGGAAAAUGAUAUGUGGGAGUGCCCAGAUUUUUUCCCAGUUUCAAAGAGUAGCCCAAUUGGUCUUGACACAUCAACGAAUGGUCCGGAUGUUAAGCAUGUGCUCAAGGUUAGCUUGUUUACUGCUAAAGAGUACUACACAAUUGGAACAUAUAACCUAGACAAAGAUAUAUAUAACCCUGAUAAGGGAUCAGUGGAGAGUGAUUUGGGUUUGAGAUAUGAUUAUGGUAAGUUUUAUGCAUCAAAAUCCUUCUUUGACAGUGCUAAGAACCGUAGGAUCUUGUGGGGUUGGAGUAAUGAAUCCUCAAGUGCCAAUGAUGACAUCAAGAAGGGUUGGUCUGGACUCCAGACAAUUCCAAGGACCAUUUUACUUGAUGAGUCUGAAAAACAAUUGGUACAAUGGCCCAUCGAAGAACUUGACAAGCUGAGAACAAAGCAGGUUAGGUUGCCAGGUAUUGUGAUAAAGGGAGGAUCACUACAUGAAGUACUUGGAGUCACAGCAGCACAGGCAGAUAUAGAAGUUACAUUUGAGAUAAGUGAUUUUGAAAAAACAGAGGUGCUGGAUCCAAGUUGGACCGAUCCACAAAUUUUGUGUAGCAAAAAGGAUGCCUCAGUUUAUGGGGGUCUAGGACCAUUUGGGUUGCUGGUUUUGGCUUCAGAGGGUUUGCAAGAAUACACAGCAGUCUUUUAUAGAAUAUUCAAAUCUCACAACAACAACAACAAAUAUGUGGUGCUCAUGUGCAGUGAUCAAAGCAGGUCUUCCUUGAAUGAAAAUAAUGAUAAGACUACAUACGGGGCAUUUGUAAAUGUGGAUCCUGUUCAUGAGAAGCUAUCACUCAGAAGCUUGAUUGAUCACUCUAUAGUGGAGAGCUUUGGUGGAGAAGGCAAGGCGUGCAUAACAGCUAGGGUUUAUCCCACAUUGGCUGUUGAUGGUUAUACCAACUUAUAUACUUUCAAUUAUGGGAAAGAGAGUGUAAAAGUCACAGGAAGUGCAUGGACCAUGAGGACUGCAAAGAUUAAUCGAUCAAGAAAAGAAGAGAAUGAAUAGUGGAGAGAUAGUAUUGUUGGCAGGAGGAGAAGAAAAACAUGUGUGGAAUAUUGAUCUUGUAUAUGAAAUCUUCGAUCAUUUCUAAUGCCUAUUUGAGAUAAUGAAUAUGAGACCCAAAUAA